AUGGCAAUGAGAGAGGGUGAGACUUUAAAGACUUACUCUGACAGAUAUUGGGAAAUGUUCAAAGAGAUAGAUGGAGAUUUCGAGGACGUGGCUAUAAGGACAUUUAAGGACCGUGGGCACACUACGGAAGAUUACAAAACUCUUCAAGAUUAUCUUGAGCAAUUGGUCAAGGUCAGGAAGCUGAAGCAGUUCCUGUACCAACCAUCUAUGCAAGGAAGUCAAGCUGGAUCAGUACAUCAACGAGAGAAUCCCUUAAGACCAUCCCUGGGAACAAUCAAUGUAAUCCUGGUGGCCCCAGGUCAGAUUGGCACGUAUUCGUCUGAGAUCAUGUCCGUAUCAAGUUCACAUACCGAGGAUCCAUUCCCUGAACCUAAACAGGGAAAGAUGCAAGCCCAACCCACUUUGAGCUUCUCUAACGAAGAUAAAGUUGGAACUUAUCAGCCACAUGAUGAUGCUUUAGUGGUUACCCUUCAGAUAGGAGGCUAUGAUGUAAGGAGAGUCCUGGUAGACCAAGGCAGUGGUGUAGAGAUUAUGUAUCCAGAUCUUUACAAGGGACUUAAGUUAAAACCCGAGGAUCUAGUCAGCUAUGAUUCCCCUCUGGUAGGGUUUGAUGGGAAGACUGUUGUCCCAAGGGGCAUGAUUAAAUUGCUUGUUCAGGUGGGCCAAAGAGUAGUAGAGGUAAAUUUCAUUGUGGUGGAUACUUAUUCCCCUUAUACUGCCAUCUUGGCAAUACCAUGGCUUUAUGCCAUGGAAGCCAUAUCUUCAACUUUACAUUUGAAGGUGAAUUAUCCCUCUGAGGACCAUGUUGAAGAGCUGAUUGGAAGUCAGGCCAUGGCAAGGCAGUGCUUGGUUGCUGCUAUCAAAUACUAG